AUGCAUCCUGAAGAACCCUCCACCGGUCGGCACUUGGUGCACAGUCACGCAACCGAAGGUGAUGUGCCAGGCACAGUCAAUUUGAAAGCUGCAGAGGGCGAUGAUACCGCCUACGGCCAGGCGCUGUACCCCAAGCUCGCGAUUCUGAUAACAUGUUCUCUGUUUUCAUUCUUGUCCAACUCGUCGCUCCUUGGCCCGUCGGUGUAUAUCGGCAUCUUCUCUGAAGAGUUUGGCAUCACCCCCAACACGGCAGCGGGCCUGAUCAACUAUCCAAACCUGGCGUUUGGUUUCGGUUCCCUCCUUUUGGUGCCGCUAUACCACAAAAUAGGUCGCCGCCCGGUCAUGCUCAUGUCCCUGAUUUGCUACUGCGUCGGACUCAUUGCCGCGUCGCAGGCCAAGUCCUUCAAUGGAUUGAUGGCUGCUAGGGUCAUCCACGCUUUCGGCUCUGGCGUAUGCGAGGCCCUUCCCGUCCAACUCGUCAACGACAUCUACUUCUUGCACGAGCGAGGAACUCGCCUAGGCAUUUACACGAUCUGCCUCUGCCUCGGCUCCACCGGUCCUCUCUAUGCCGGUUACAUGUUGGCGGGCGGCCACUCCUGGAGGCUCUUCUUCUACGUAGAAUUCGCCUUCGGAAUGGCCCUCUUGGUCUUCGCCUUCUUCGUCGUCGAAGAGACCACCUACCACCGCCCCACCCCCAGCGUCGCGCCCCACGGCUCCUCCAUCAUGGAGUCGGGCGAAAAGCCAGAGGUCGCGACGAGCGAGGUGGCCGCCGCCAUCCCCGCCCGCAAGACCUUUGUCGAGACCCUCAAGUUCUGGGGCACGUGGGAGAAGGACUCUCCCUUCUUCCUCAUGAUGAUCCGCUCCUUUUCUUAUUUCGCCAUCCCUCACGUCUUUUGGCUCAACUCUGGCCUCAUCACAAUCUCCACCAUUGUCGGCUAUGGCCUCGCGUUCCCCUUUACCUCGUCUUCUGAUCGCCUGGCGGCCCGUCUCACCCGCAAGAACAAUGGCAUUCGCGAGGCCGAGAUGCGUCUGGGUGUCAUGCUCCCGGCCAUGCUUCUCGCCCCCGCCGGUCUCAUCCUCUACGGCUUCAGCGCCCAAAAGAACCUGCACUGGAUUUGCUACUUUAUCGGUGUCGCCAUGAAUCAGUUUGCCAGUUACUUCUACUUCACCUUCACUCUUGCCUACGCGAUUGACAGCUACAACUCCAACAUUAGCGAGAUGCUGAUUGCCAUGAACCUCGGCAAGCAGGCCAUCAGCUUUGGCAUGGGUAUCAACCUUCUCAACUGGAUUCUAGAGCAUGGCUACGUCGUCAUGAUUGCGGGCGUAUUCUGCGGCAUCGUGCUCGCGAACAACCUCACUGUCAUCAUCUUCAUGCUCUACGGCAAACGCAUCCGAAACCAGAAAUUGUCCGCCAUCGAUGAUGAUGAAGAGUGCCAGCCGGGCCCAAGCCGGUGGUGGUUUGCCUCUUCGGCUUUCCCCAUGAUCGCCGGCACUCUUGGGCCUGUGGCAUCUGCCUUCAGUAUAUGCGCCCUCUCUAGGCCUUGGAGGCAAGUCGCCUCCCCCAACGGCGACACUGAUGCGCGACAGUUCAUCACCGAUCCACAGUGGUUGCUUGCGGUCAACGGGAUCCAGGUGGGGACGGCCCUAAUAUCCAAUAUGUUUUUGCUCCUCAACAUGGCGAAACGAAUCCGAUUCUCUGUUGCACAACCACUAACAAUUGUUGGAUGGCCCUCGGGCGUAUUAAACGACACAGACGAAUCUUUCAUCUGGACCGAGUCAUUCUGGUACGGCUUGUGGGCUGCCAUCAUCUACAUGGUCAUAGCCUCUCUUUUAGUAGUAACGGUGUACGGCGCUUUCACCCAUCACUACUCGGAGAAUUUCCACCUGACCGGAAGCCAGCGGACUCUCAUGCUCCAAACUAUUCUCCUACUCAUGUACAUCCUCAUCGGAUCUCUCGUAUUUUCGGUAAUCGAGGACUGGACAUAUUUUGACGCCGUGUACUGGGCAGAUGCUUCACUUUUUACCAUUGGUUUCGGCGAUAUUGUACCGACGACGCCCCUUGGCCGCGGCCUCUUGAUUCCCUACGCCUUGGUCGGUAUCAUCAGCGUCGGUCUCAUCAUCGGAUCUAUACGCAGCCUAAUUCUUGAGCGCGCGGCAUCCCGAGUCGACGCGAGGAUGGUGGAGAGGAUGCGGCGAAGGGCCAUCAAGAGUAUUGUUACCAAAGGGAAGGACGCCAUUUUCCGUCCCAUUGAAGAACAAACGGGCAACAAGGAAUCUUCGAGCUCCGGGCCACAGGGAUCCGACCUAGAUGACUAUGACGAGUUAUCCCGCAGAGAAGCCGAGUUCGACUUGAUGCGCGCCAUUCAAUACAAGGCGGGUGUCCAUAGCCGCUGGGUCACUACCGUGUUUUCCAUCGGGCCGUGGCUCCUUCUUUGGUUCCUCGGAGCCUUCAUCUUCGUCCAGUUUGAAAAGCCGUACCAACAGUGGUCUUAUUUUGAUGGCGUAUACUUCACAUUCAUCUGCCUGACUACGCUAGGCUACGGCGAUCUUACGGUUGUAUCUACCGGGGGCCGCUCGUUCUUCGUCUUCUGGACGCUUCUUGCUCUUCCGACCAUGACGGUGUUUAUCUCGAGUGCGAGCGAAACGAUUGUCAAGGUUGUUCGUGUGGUCACCCUCGAACUAGGCAAAAGAACGGUUUUGCCAGGAGAGCAUGGUUCCGAAGCAGACCUCGAAACCAUCCUCUACAUGCUCUCGUUCGGGCACCUAUUCAAGGAUAAGUUCAGUCUUGAAAGAAACAUCCAGAUAAAAAAGCGACAGUCAUGCAUUCUCGCCACCUCAGAAGCAGAUCAGAACAGUAGUUCCGGCCCCAGUACGAGCCAGGACACAAAGCCGGGCGAUUCCACUUCUCACAUCUCGCUCCACUCUCUCCCCGAUGCCGAACGGCGGUACAAGCUCAUCGAAGCUAUUACCGAACUAACUCUCGACCUCAGAUCCGAACCAGAAAAACAUUACUCGUAUGAGAAGUGGACCCAUUAUCUCCGGCUUCUUGGUGAGCAUGACGGCCUUUUGGCUGCUGUCUUCCGAUUCCUCGGACCGCCCGAAGAGAUGAGGAUGAUGAGGAUGCUGUCUCUGGUAAUGAAGACCGAACAGAACAUUUGGAAGGAUUGA